GUUAUUUCAUCGUACUCGUCGAUCGAACUGUAAGAGUUAUCAUUUUGAUGCAGUGCAAUUGCAAUGCACAAGUUCAGUAAUGAGUUGUUUGCGGCUUGCAACAGAAUGGAAUCAAUUGUAUACGAUAAAGAAUUAAAACUUCAGGAGGAAUACCAAGAGAUUCCCGCUCCUCCUCCUCUUCCACCGCAGCCCCAAGUAUUUCAGCCAAUUGCAAAGCGAAAUCAAUUUAUGGAUCGUAAGGAUUGUUAUGAAUGUCAACAAAAAAUCGCUCAGAGUACGAUGACUUGCGAAGACUUCCAAAUUUGGAAACGAGGUAGGGGGUGUGUCGUGAGAUAUUGCGAAACUUGUGCAUUAAAACUAUAUUAAAUUUAAGUCUAACUUAAAACAUUAUAUUAUAAAAUAUAUUUCUGAGUAAAAUUUCCGUAAGUAAGAGUUUCUGUUCCAUCCGAUUUGGAAAUUUCUCAGAAGAACCUUACUUAAACAUUAUUAAUAUUGCGUGGAUGGAAAGAGAGUUCAAUAAGUUAUAACAUUACAAUAGCAACAUGCAGCCGGCAGCAAGAUUACAUUGCUCUGAAAUAAAGACAGUCGGUUCUUGCAGUACGAACAGAAAUGUCGGAUGAUUUGAGCUGUCCCAACUGCGAAUCAAAAUCCAUUACCAGGAAAAGAUACUUGGCCAUAUCAAGAAUGAAAAAGUUUAAGAUGGAUUUCUGCGCUUUAUGCUGCGGACGGCGAUACUGUGGAGUUGGAAUUUAUAAAUACGUUUUCAAGUGUCGAUCCUGUGGCUGGAAGGGCAAUCCCAACCCUUCACACUAAUAUGCGCGCAUCACGAUAUAAUGUU